CCGGAAGUAGGGGUUCCAGAAAGCCUCCCGGAGCCGAGCCGCUUUAAAGGAGGGACGUUCCGCGUCUGCGGGAGACAGCACUGGCCACAGAAGAAUAGUUUGUGAACUGCUUCAUUGUCACCCUUCUGCAUCUGGAUGUGAAGGACUAAAACUCCUGACAACCUCGAGCCAUGAAGACGGUGCUCAUGGUGGCAGAAAAGCCAUCCCUGGCGCAGUCCAUCGCCAAGAUCCUCUCCCGAGGGAGCAUGUCCUCACACAAAGGUCUGAAUGGAGCUUGCUCAGUCCAUGAGUACACGGGCACCUUCGCCGGCCAGCCUGUCCACUUCAAGAUGACGUCUGUCUGUGGUCAUGUGAUGACCUUGGAUUUCCUGGGAAAGUACAAUAAGUGGGACAAGGUGGACCCUGCAGAGCUGUUCAGCCAAGCCCCCACAGAGAAGAAGGAAGCCAACCCCAAGUUGAACAUGGUGAAGUUCUUGCAGGUAGAAGGCAGAGGCUGUGACUACAUCGUGCUGUGGCUGGACUGUGACAAAGAAGGGGAGAACAUUUGCUUUGAGGUCCUCGAUGUCAUUCUGCCUGUCAUGAACAAAACCCAGAGUGGUGAGAAGACAGUGUUCCGGGCCAAGUUUAGCUCCAUCACAGACACAGAUAUCUGCAGUGCCAUGGCCCGCCUGGGUGAACCGGACCAUAACGAAGCGCUCUCAGUGGAUGCCCGCCAGGAGCUGGACCUCCGUAUCGGCUGUGCUUUCACCAGGUUUCAGACAAAAUAUUUCCAGGGGAAAUACGGUGAUUUAGACAGCUCUCUCAUCUCCUUUGGACCAUGUCAGACUCCUACCCUGGGAUUCUGUGUGGAGAGACAUGAUAAAAUCCAGUCCUUCAAACCAGAGACCUACUGGGUGCUACAGGCCAAGGUUAAUGCCGAUAAAGACAAAUCUCUCCUUUUGGACUGGGACCGAGUGAGAGUGUUUGACCGGGAGAUUGCUCAGAUGUUUUUAAACACGACAAAACUGGAGAAGGAAGCCCAGGUGGAGGCUACAAGCAGGAAAGAAAAAGCCAAGCAGAGGCCCCUGGCCCUGAACACUGUAGAGAUGCUGCGUGUGGCUAGCUCUGCACUGGGCAUGGGACCCCAGCAUGCCAUGCAAACGGCUGAGCGGUUGUACACCCAGGGUUACAUCAGCUAUCCACGGACAGAGACCACCCACUACCCUGAGAACUUUGACCUGAAGGGCUCUCUGCGGCAACAGGCCAACCACCCCUACUGGGCAGACACAGUGAAGCAGUUGUUAGCAGAAGGUAUCAACCGCCCUCGGAAAGGCCAUGAUGCUGGUGACCACCCCCCCAUAACCCCUAUGAGGUCUGCCACAGAAGCUGAAUUAGGGGGUGAUGCAUGGAGGCUAUACGAGUACAUCACCAGGCACUUCAUCGCCACAGUCAGCCACGACUGCAGGUAUCUCCAGAGCACCAUCUCCUUCAGAGUCGGGCCUGAACUCUUUACUUGCUCAGGGAAGACUGUCAUCUCCCCAGGGUUCACAGAGAUCAUGCCCUGGCAGAGCGUGCCACUGGAGGAGAGCCUGCCCACCUGCCAGCGAGGAGAUACCUUCUCUGUGGCAGAGGUGAAGAUGCUGGAAAAGCAGACAAGCCCACCUGACUACCUGACCGAGGCUGAACUCAUCACACUCAUGGAGAAGCAUGGCAUCGGGACGGAUGCUAGUAUCCCUGUGCACAUCAACAAUAUCUGCCAGCGCAACUACGUCACCGUGGAGAGUGGCCGCCGGCUCAAGCCCACCAACCUUGGCAUCGUCCUGGUGCAUGGCUACUAUAAGAUUGACGCAGAACUAGUGCUCCCCACCAUCCGCAGUGCAGUGGAGAAGCAGCUGAACCUGAUUGCCCAGGGCAAGGCUGACUACCGCCAAGUCCUGGGCCACACUCUGGACAUCUUCAAGAGGAAGUUCCACUACUUCGUAGACUCCAUUGCUGGAAUGGACGAGUUGAUGGAGGUAUCUUUCUCACCCCUGGCAGCCACAGGCAAGCCCCUCUCACGCUGUGGGAAGUGCCAUCGGUUCAUGAAGUACAUCCAGGCCAAGCCCAGCCGCCUGCACUGCUCCCACUGCGAUGAGACCUACACCCUCCCCCAGAAUGGUACCAUCAAGCUCUACAAGGAGUUGCGGUGCCCAUUAGAUGACUUUGAGCUGGUCCUGUGGUCCUCUGGCUCCCGGGGCAAGAGUUACCCACUGUGCCCCUACUGCUACAACCACCCACCCUUCCGAGACAUGAAGAAAGGCAUGGGCUGCAAUGAGUGUACACACCCCACCUGCCAACACUCGCUGAGCAUGCUGGGCAUCGGUCAGUGCGUGGAGUGUGAGAGUGGGGUCUUGGUGCUGGAUCCCACCUCCGGCCCCAAGUGGAAAGUAGCUUGCAACAAAUGCAACGUGGUGGCACACUGCUUUGAGAACGCCCACCGUGUGCGAGUGUCUGCUGAGACCUGCAACACCUGUGAGGCUGCCCUGCUGGACGUGGACUUCAACAAAGCCAAAUCCCCCCUCCCCGGAGAUGAGACACAACACACAGGCUGUGUCUUCUGUGACCCCAUCUUCCAGGAACUGGUGGAGCUGAAGCAUGCAGCCUCCUGCCACCCCAUGCACCGGGGUGGGCCUGGGAGGAGGCAGGGCAGAGGGCGGGCCAGGGGCCGACGCCCCCCAGGGAAGCCCAACCCGAGGCGUCCAAAGGACAAGAUGUCAGCCCUGGCUGCCUAUUUUGUAUAACUCCCAUCCUCCCUUGCUCUGACUCCAGCUUGAUGCAGACACGGCAUCAUGGUUGUUUCUGAGCCCCUGAGACCAUUAAAACUGUUCUGUCUUCUCU